GCAUUUGUAGGACACCAAUACCACGCAACUUCAAAAUUCAGAGGUCAUCUGCAGCUGCAGCUACAGGAGCCUCUAUCAAACAGAAGAUGCUUCAGUGGUGUCGCAGCAAGACUCGCCGCUAUGAGGGCGUCAACAUAGAAAACUUCUCGUCGUCAUGGUCUGAUGGGCUGGCGUUCUGUGCUCUGAUUCAUCGUUUCUUUCCAGACGCUUUCGACUACAGCUCGCUGAAAUCAGAGGAGAGGGAGAAAAACUUCACACUGGCCUUCCAAAUGGCAGAGUCCCUGGCUGACUGCUGCCCUCUGCUGGAAGUGUCAGACAUGAUCAUGAUGGGUAACAACCCGGACCCCAUGUGUGUGUUCACCUAUGUCCAGUCACUCUGCCAAAGCCUGUCCAAAAUAGAGAAAGAGAGGAAGGACAAAGAAAAGGAGGAGAAAGGGGAGGCUGGUAAUGAGGGAGCAGAGAAAGAGAAAGCAGGAGAGGUAUCGACAGAGAAGAAUGAAGAAGAGUCAGCUGACUACGGGAGGAUGGAUAGCCAUGAGGAGAAAGAGGGAGAGACUGCAGAGACAGAGGGAACUGGUGAGGAGAAAGAUGCACCAAAAUGCUGUGAGAUGGAGGAAGGUGGAGGAGGGUUAGUCGAGGCGUAGUCCUAGAAAAACACUGACAGCAAACAAGAAGACUGAAAAGACCAAAAAGAGUGUUGAUAGUUGCCAAUAAAGUUGACUCUCAACGUGAAUACUGGCAAUAUGAUGCUGUUUGAAAGUGUACUGUGCUGUUCUUUUCCCCAUUCGUUUCCAUGUGGCUGCACUUGUUUGUUUUGAGCACAUAAAGCAAGAAUGCUCCUCCAUUUGCUGUGUUUAAAAAAAAUGAAUUAAAUGAUGGACUUGUGAAUCACAACGUUAUUUGUGCACCAAGAACAUCUGAGUUGUGAUACUCAGUCAAGA